AUGAGAUUUACUUCCAUCCUCAAGACUGUACACGUACUGUUGAUCAUCAAUUGGUGUCUGUUGAUACACAAUACGAAAGCAUCGUCCACUUGUUUUACUGACGGAGAUGAACUCAAAGCUGCCGUUCGUCAAUUUGUCAACGAUGGUUGUUCAGACGACUACAAUUGCAACAAUGAAAUCGUACAAAAAUAUGGCUGGCCCAUUGGAUCCUGGUGCGUUUCCCAGGUCACAUCCAUGAGAGGAAUCUUUCUUUUACAAUCAGAUUUCAACGAUGACAUUUCACCGUGGGAUACCUCUUCCGUCACAGACAUGAGCCGAAUGUUUUACGACGCAUCAUCCUUUCAUCUAGAGGACUUGUCAUCAUGGGAGGUUUCUUCAGUGACAGAUAUGAGUGAAAUGUUCCGCCGGGCAUCUUCCUUUAAUGGAGACAUCUCAUCUUGGGACACUUCGAGGGUCACUGAUAUGGAUUCCAUCUUUGCUGGUGCAUCAUCCUUCAAUCAAGAUUUAUCGACCUGGGAUGUGUCGUCUGCGGAAACUUUGAGAGAAAUCUUUUGGGGUGCCUCUUCUUUCAAUCAGGAUCUUUCAUCUUGGAAUACCUCCAGAGUCGUUUCCAUGAAACGGUUAUUCAAGGAUGCAUCAUCCUUCAACCAAGACUUGUCACUAUGGGAUACAUCCAACGUCCGAGAUAUGCGAAGCAUGUUUGGAGGUGCGUCCUCCUUCAAUCAAGACUUGUCGACCUGGGUCACGUCGCAAGUCACAACCUUUCAGGGAAUGUUUCAAGAGGCAUCAUCCUUUGAUCAGGAUAUUUCGUCGUGGGAUACCUCCAAAGUCACGGAUAUCAGUGGAAUGUUUCGAUUUGCAUCCUCCUUCAAUCAAGACUUGUCCGCCUGGGAUCUGUCAUCGGUUCAAAAUAUGCAAGAAGUCUUUCGUGGUGCAUUGUCGUUCAACCAAGACUUGUGUUCUUGGGGAAUCAAAUUACUACCUGAACAACGACAACAACAACAUCAGCAGCAGCAGCAGCAGCAGCAGCAGCCACAAGAAAUAACAAUGACUGAUAUGUUUGCCGAGUCCGGAUGUUACCUUUCGAUGGACCCACAUCUGCUGCAAGACAGUGCUGGACCUUUUUGUUCUUCCACUUGCAAGGAAAGAGUAUGCUUCUACAAUCAUCAAGACUUGAAAUCUGCAGUUGACUCAUACUCCAUGCUGCUGGAAGAAGAAGAAUGCUCUAGAAGUAAAUCAAGGAAUAGCAACAAUCCAGAUUGCGUGCUUGCGAACGAGAUCAUUGGAACCUACGGCUUUCCAAUUGGUUCGUGGUGCAUAUCCAAGAAUGUUACAGAUAUGUCCUUCCUAUUUGCCAAUAUGAAGACUUUCAAUCAAGACAUUUCUGGUUGGGAUGUUAGUUCUGUUUCGACAAUGGAAGGCAUGUUCUCCUUUGCAUCCUCCUUCAAUCAAGAUUUGUCCUCUUGGGAUACCUCUCGAGUCACCGAUAUGCAGAGAAUGUUUUGGGGUGCAUCAGCCUUUGCUCAAGACUUGUCCUCGUGGGAUGUUUCAAAUAUUCAAAAUGCGGAUGGCAUGUUUGCAGGUACUGCGGCAUUCUUGGACAAGUCUCAAGUGUGUCGCUGGAGCGAGGCUUGGAAAAACCUCGCCGCUGUCGACUGCAACGAAGAAGGCAGAACAACUACAAGUAGUGCAGCGAUCACCUUCGCUUUGUACGGAUGUAUUCUCUCACUUCUGAUAACAAGUAUAUUAAUGAUUUACUAA